GGGGCAGGCCCAGGGCUGAGCAGCCACUCUCCCCGAUUCAGUUCUCCGUGGACAUCGACUCCGAGCUGGUGGAGGAGCUGCCGGCCGAGAUCGAGCUGUGGCUGGUGCUUGUGGCCGUGAGCGCUGGGCUGCUGCUGCUAGGGCUGAUCAUCCUCUUGCUGUGGAAGUGCGGCUUCUUCAAGCGAGCCCGCACUCGCGCCCUGUAUGAAGCUAAGAGGCAGAAGGCGGAGAUGAAGAGCCAGCCGUCAGAGACAGAGAGGCUGACCGACGACUACUGAGGGGACAGCCCCCGCCCCGGCCCACCCGGUGUGACUUCUUUAAGCGGACCCACUAUUACCGGAUCAUGCCCAAAUACCACGCGGUACGGAUCCGUGAGGAGGAACGCUACCCGCCUCCAGGGAGCACCCUGCCCACUAAGAAGCACUGGGUGACCAGCUGGCAGACUCGGGACCGAUACUACUGACGUCCUCCCUGAUCCCACCCCCUCGCCCCCCCUCCGUGUCCCCUUUCCUCCUAUUUAUCGUAAGUUAUGCCUCUGACAGUCCACGGGGGCGCUGCCUUUGGCUGGCGCCCGCGGGCCCAGGCACACACGCCUCAUCAGGCAUAUGCAUGUGCCGUCUGGCCAUGGGCAUCUCCCUGCGGGAAGGCCAC